AAGAAUUUACCAGGCUUUCAAGGAUUUUGGAAAGUAGUUAUUGAUGCUUCUGCUUGAAUUUCAUGAUGAUUUUUUUCAUCGUUUUCCUUGUUUAUUCAGUUAAAAUAGUAGCCAAAAAUUUAGUUUCUAUUUACCUCACCGGAAACCUUUAGAGUAAAUUAAAGCUGACAGAAUAGUUGAAGUGCUUCUGUAAUAAUAAACCAGGCUUUGUGUAAAGAAAAUGGGGAGUAGAGGCCUGGGGGGGAAGAGAAGAGAAAUAGCCAGGUUUGAAUUGACAAAAUUCACAGGAAUGAUCCAGCCGUGCCUGGGAUGAAUGGACAAGUAAGUUCCCAGGGGCCAGUGACCCAGAUGCAAAGUAACUUUCUUUAUCCCUUUUCUUGGGAAAUCAUCAGAAUUUACAAAUGGAAGGAUGCUGGUAACCUAGCACUGUUGAACUCCCCUGCUGUUCUCAGAUGGAAUUUCAGAAACUGCCCUCAGGGGCUCUCAGGAAAAGUGUCUCAGUAAGAGCAAGCCCAGGAGCAAGCAAUACUGCCAUUGUGAAUGCUUUUCUUCUUCUGAGUCAUUGGUUCUAAAUUUUAAAAAGUCAACUCAACUCGAUCAUCUUCUCUUGCUCAUGGAGGGCAUCCAGAAGCUUUGGGUAAAUUGCAGUUUUGCACUUCGUGAGUCAGCACUUCCCAGAGUAAAGUUUGCACUGUUACAGUAUUGCUUGCCAAAGACAUCCCCUGGAGGCCCCAUUCACUUUUCCUGAAAGCUGCUGCAAUUGGUUCCUGAGAUGAUCUCAUCUGGAAAUGGCUUUGGUGUCCCCAGCUGCAGGAAUUGGAGGGAGCUCGCUUUCUGCUUGGGCAAUGUUAUGAAACAGGCAAAACCAGGUCUUACCAUGUGGGCAACUUGCUGCAACUGGUUCUGCCAGGAUGGACAUUCUGAGGAGAUUCAGCUGCCCCAGGGAGCCAGAACACAAGCAUAUUCCAAUCCUGGAUAUAGCUCCUUCCCUUCCCCUACUGGCUCUGAACCUAGCUGCAAGUCCUGUGGGGCCCACUUUGGCAGCACAACCAGAAAGCACACGUGCUUAGACUGUAAGAAGAAUUUCUGCAUUUCCUGCUCGAGCCAAGUAGGGAGCGGGGCCUGUCUCUGCCACCUCUGCCAGCGUUUCCGAGCCACAGCCUUUCAUCGAGAAGAACUGAUGAAAAUGAAGGUGAAGGACCUGAGGGACUACCUCACCCUCCAUGACAUCUCCUCUGAGAUGUGCAGGGAGAAGGAGGAACUGGUGUUCUUGGUGCUUGGUCAGCAGCCGGUGAUCACCCAGGAGGACAGGACUUUUAAUACCCCUUUCCCUUCAGGCCUCCCUGAGAAUCAGGCCUUUCUGGCCCAACCUCACACCAGCACAGCACCUCCUACCUCUCCCAACCUUCCUUCAUCACCGGCACAGCCCACCUCUACUCCCUCAGCCCAGGCUCAGGAAAACCAGCAGGCUAAUGGCCAUGUGCCACAGGACCAAGAAGAAGUGAUAUGCUUGGAAAAUGUAGCAGGCGCUCCCACGGAAGAUGAAACACAGUCUAUUGACUCCGAGGACAACUUGGUACCAGGGCGGAGGGCUUCACUGUCUGAUCUGGUGAAUGUGGAAGACAUUGAGGCCCUCACUGUGCGACAGCUGAAAGAGAUCCUGGCUCGAAACUUUGUGAAUUACAAAGGCUGCUGUGAGAAGUGGGAGCUAAUGGAGAGGGUGACCCGGCUAUACAGGGAACAGAAGGACCUCCAGAAUUUAGUGUCUGGCACUGGAGAUCAAAAUGGGGAGCCAGCGCCAUCUAGUGCAGAGGAAAACCUCUGUAAGAUCUGCAUGGACUCACCUAUUGACUGUGUCCUGUUGGAGUGUGGUCACAUGGUCACCUGUACGAAGUGUGGAAAACGGAUGAACGAGUGCCCCAUCUGCCGCCAGUAUGUGAUCCGAGCUGUGCAUGUCUUUAGAUCCUGAUGGCUGGAACCAGACCCUUCAGUGCCUGAUGGGGCAUAGCCAGCCCCAGCCUCCACAUCUGCUCACUUGUGGCUUGACUUGAGAGAAUUGCAAAGUAUCACCCCAAGGCGAUGGCCAGUAAGGACAGGAAGAAACCCAGAGAACUUGCUGGUUGUCUGGUUAAUCCUGCUCUUUUCACCACAAAAUUUUCCAUCUCAGUGUUGGAAUCUGCUAGGGCUUCCUUAGCCAAUGGGGAUUUAUUAGCCCUGCUUGGGGCAGAAAUCAAAUUGGGCUCAGUCCCUGUUUCAUACGAUCACUAGGUGACAAUAAAUUUGUGAUGAACACAAACUUCCCACCAUUCAGACCAUGUGGGAGUGCUUUUUCCUCCCUUCAAUACAAACCAUAGUUUUUAAGAAUCAAAAUUAUCCUUCAGAUUUAUUAUAAUUAACUUCUCUGUGGAGACAGCUCAGUGCUGAUUUUUUAAUCAUUCAGAAAUCUUAUUUUUUUCCUUAUACACAUGGUUUUUUCUGUCUGGCUUCUUGUGUUUAAUUCAGUCACUGCUAAUUGUCUCUCUUUUCAUGUCUUUCUUUGGCUUCUUCAGCUUAAGAGGCAUUAAUUGUCCUCAAGAAUGGUUAACUGGCUAUGAACUCUCACUAAAACCAAAAAGACUUUGUGCUAUUAAACAAAAACCAUGAUGGCUUUUUGUCGUGGGGAGGCAGGGGAAGCUGCUCCCCAGACCAUUCGGAUCCAACCGUGCCCGUGGAUUUUGGCUGGCUCCUUGUUGAGCCCCUUGUAUGGUGCCUUAAUUAGACUGACAAGAAAAAAGAAUUUUUAUGCCAGUGAAUGUUUUACUCAUUGAAAAUGAAUCUUUGAAGGUUUUCUGAGCGUGUGAUGGGAAGGUAUUUGUUUCUGUAAAGGCUGCCUGAUUAAGCAGCAGGAUCUCUCCCAAGAUGAACAACUUCUUGUUAACUCUCUACCUACAUUGCACAUCAGAGAGACAUUCUAAAUGCCAGAGAGCUGUGAGAACUUCCAUGGGCUUGGGAUUACCUUGGCUAUCACUUCUGGGGUCAGUGGAAGAAAAAUGUGGGUAAUUUACCUCUGUCCAUUCAGUGCAUUCACUGACUUGAUCCAGCUGCCUCAACAGCAUCUCCCAUGACCAAAAGGAGUGCCUCCUGCCAGGUCCUUAGCCUGCUUAGUUCUCUCGUCCUCCAGCAUCGAGAUGAGCCCCGGAGACUCAGGUGAAGGCUCCUUCCUUUCCCAGCCAUGCUCUCCAUGAAUGUACUCAAUGGGACAGAUCCCACAGGAUCCUGGAUAUGUGGCUUCUCUCUGCUGUUGGACAGGUAGCAGAAAGUCUCAAUGCCCAGGCGUCUUGGGGGAGCUCCUGGAUCCCUUUCCUUUUCUCCUCCCAUUGUUUCCAUUCAGUAUUAGAAGGAAGUCUGAGCUGCUCUUCCUGUCCCAACAGCUGAGAGGAACAGCAGUGCAGUAAGCAGGCUUGGUGUUGGCAGAGGGAGCCCAGGGACAGCAGCUGGGGCCCCCGUCUUGAGCCAUUGUAGGCACACUCCAUUCUCAGGUUCCUGAGUUACUUUAAGAAGCCUCUGGCAUCCCAGCCAAGCACAAAACAGACAGCUUCCAGAGUGGCUGGAUGUGCUAUUUACCAGCUACCCCAUGACUUAGUGACUAUGCAAACUAUCCACCUAGAGCCUUAGCAGGUUGACUGCAGCCUUGUUCCCUUUAAUCAUAAAGGGGGAAAACCACUGCUUUGGAAGACAGAGGUGAAACCGCUCUCUCCUAAGGAGAACAGCAAUAUUGGUACGGACUUUUGAGUGAUUUCUUUUACCCCAACCCCCAACAAAGGGACAGUUUCAGGAAGGAACUGUCAGCUACUGACUCAUCAAUAUGCCAUUCAAGAAUCUUCACCCUUUUCACACCUGAAAAUUCUGAUGAAAUUCAGUGUCUCUCACUGCUGCUGCUGCUGUUGGUGGAUGACAUCAGUUUACAAACUAUAUAGCUUUGUUUUUUGUUUUUUUUUUUUGGCAGAAAUGUAAAUUGGGAGUCUUAAGGCCCCAUCUGACCAUGUAUGUCAUCCUAGUGAGCAAUUUGAUUUUAUUCUUGAAUUACCUCCUGCCUCACUCCCCACAUCGUUGGGUAUUUAAUUUUCGCAGCAAUGGCUAAUUAUCCUUACAAUAUUUUCUUUCCUUUUGAUAUGGUUGCAAUGAGAUUUCUGGUUAAUGAGACUUCUAGAAAACUGUCUGGUUCACAGUCUAGUGGUAUAGAUGGAUCUAAACUAAUAAAGAGCUGUAAAGAAAUAGAAAUUUAAGUCUUUUGAAAGUUUCUGAGCUACUUGAAGUGGCUGAUACUGAGAUUCUGACUUCUAGUGGGUGUUCAAGCCCCAAAUGUGUAUUUUUUGUUACAGAGUUGUGCUUUAUAAUUUUGUAAUAAAGUUGAAAUAUGAUUGAA